AUGAAGCUGUAUUCCCUGUCGAUUGUAAGGCCGUUUCCAGCGGGGGUGGAGAAGGAGCCUGUCAUCUGCUCCCUGGCCGUAGAUGUCAGCUCGUUUGGCUUCUUCCAGCGCAACGCUGCCCGGGAGUUUAUAGUAUUUCUCACCCGCACGGUGGCGAAUCGGGUAACGAAGGGUGCCAAGACUCAAAUCACCGAAAACGGCAACGUUGUCUUUGCCUACGCAACGCUGGACGGACUCGUCGCAAUCGCCAUUAGUGACAUCGAGUACAACUCCCGGGUCGCCUUCACUCUACUUGCGGAACUUGCCCAGCAGUUUCAGACGACCUUUCGCGGCAAGUACGACACCGUCGAUGGCAAGGACGACAACUUCCUGAACUGGCCGUACCUCGAGGAGACGCUUCUGAAGUACCAAAAGCCGGAGGAGCAGGACAAAAUUCUUAAGAUCAAGCGGGAUAUCGAGGACACCAAGGUGGUUAUGUAUAAUGCCAUUGACCAAAUUAUUGAGCGCGGCCAGAAGAUCGAUGAGCUUGUCUCCAAGAGCGAGGAUCUUGGCAUGGCAAGCAAGACAUUUUACAAGCAAGCAAAGCAGACAAACUCGGGGUGCUGCUCGGUAAUGUGA